AACAGCUGGUUACUGUGUGCUGUCUGUAAGCUACACUAGAAUGACAACUCUCGUAGCUUUCAGCAUUACAAAGAUACUGUGCAAAAAUCUAGGAUGCUUAACAUUCAGGCAGGUGGACCAAAGCCUAAGGCAAAGCAUGACAGUUGCAAAAGAAGUGCUAUUUCGAGUACUUUCUGACGAGAGUAGAUUUUCCAUAGUUCAGGGGGAGGAGGAGGAGAGUUCGUGUGAUUUAAAUGGAAUACGUCCGGAUAGUUUGAUUAUCGCGAAAACAGACCUAAGACUGUGCCAGAACCUCAAAUGCAACAGCUGUGAAGACUUACACCUGUGCAGAUAUUUUGUGUGCGGUCUGUGCAGAUUUGGGGCAAAAUGCAAAAACCCGCACACAGUGGACUCCCCGGCUAACAGAGCCCUUCUGCAGAGAGCUGGCUUAAGUGAACUGAAUAAACAGGAGCUCUGCUGUCUCCUUCUCCAGAAUGAUUCCUACCUGCUUCCUGAGAUCUGCGGUCAUUACAACAAGGGCAAUGGAGAACAUGGCUCCUGCAGAUUCAAGUCCACCUGCACCAGUCUGCACGUGUGCCAGCACUUCCUCUUGGGAGACUGCAAGUUUGGGGCCGAUUGUAAGAGAGCACACACGUUUGACGCCAACAGCAGGAAGAUCCUGAGCGGCAGAGGCCUCAGUCCAGAGAACAUCCGCCACAUCCAGCUGAUCUACAAGAACCGGCUGCUCCUCAGUGGACACGGGGAGAGACGCAUCGUCAAGGAAGCAGACAAACCGCCCCCUGCUGUCAGGCAGCUGUCCAACACCUCUGUCAGUGAAGCCGACCGCAAUGAGAUCUGCCUCUACUUCAUCCGCCGCGGGUGCAGCUUCAAAGAUAAGUGUAUCCGUGUCCACCACCGUCUUCCAUAUAAAUGGCAGAUUCUGGACAAAGAUGGAGUGACGUGGACAGACCUGUCUGAGCAGGAGGAGGCUGAGAGAGACUACUGUAACCCAGCCAGUGACACCAGUUUUGGGCCUCGUCCCAUGAACUUCCUCACCAUGACAUGUGCAGGCUCACCUGUCCGGCGCCUGUCCACUGCGUCCUCCGUCACCAAGCCGCCCCACUUCAUCCUGACCACCGAGUGGCGCUGGUACUGGCUGGACGACCAGGGGGGCUGGAAUGAGUACGGACUGGAGAGUGAUCCAAAGUGCCUCACCACAAUCACCUCUCAGACCUUGGAGAACAUUUAUCUGUCAGAAGUUGAAGAUGAGAUCGACUUUAGCUCUGCGGGACACAGAUAUGUGCUCAACUUGAAGGACAUGUAUCAACAGAACAUGAAGCACAAGACCAGGAGAGAGGUGCGGAGGAGACCGCACUUCAUCUCCGCACAGGAACUGGAGAAGAAACUGAAAAGUGGAUCCACAGAGGCCUCCAGCUCCUCACCUGUAGACGUGCCAGCUCACUGGGACAAAACAGCCCUGCCCAGCCACACCUAUAAGCUGGUUCCACUGUCAUCUUCCUCUGGGGAGUUCCAGCGUGUGGAGAACCUGUUCAGGAGAACCAUGCAAAGGAGCACUGUUCACAGCAUCCGGCGUGUGCAGAACCCUUCACUCUGGAAAAUGUUUCAGUGGCAGAAAGACCAGCUGAAGGAGAGAGCAGGCCGGGGAGAUGUGAGGGAGAUGGAGCUGUUCCAUGGGACAGAGCAGGCCCUCCUGGAAGCCAUCUGUGAACAGAACUUUGACUGGAGAAACUGCGGCGUCCAUGGAUCUCACUAUGGAAAAGGGAGCUACUUUGCCAGAGACGCCUCCUACUCAGACAAAUACUCUGCGUUGGGCAGCGGCAGCAGGAAGAUCAUGUUUGUUGCUCAGGUGUUGGUGGGAGACUUCACUAAGGGGAGGAGUGUGUACCUGCGCCCACCUGCUCGAGAGACUGGGAAGGGCUUCUACGACAGCUGCGUGGACAGUGUCAGCAAUCCCUCCAUCUUCGUCAUCUUUGAGAAAUACCAGAUUUACCCAGAAUUCAUUGUGGAGUACUCCUGAGAUCACUACAAAUGGUUAAGACGAAUCUUGUCAAGCAUGACUGGAAAAAACACCAUUAUUUUAUUCAUAUUUUAGUAUGUAUUUUCUGUGUUUUAGAAUUGUUACAAGCCUAGUUCACUAAGAGUUCAAUGAUAAAGCCUACUGUGGUUCACUAAAAGAAAACUUAAAUCGAAAUUUCUAUUGAAAAAAAAUCCUUUCCUUUGGGACUGUAGGCUUAAUCCAGGGGUGUCAAACUCAUAUUAGGUAGGGGGACGGAUUUGUUGGAAGGAGACCUACAAAGAUGGUUUGUAGUGCUAGGUUUAAUCAAUGUAUCAUAUUAUAGAGACAUUGCUUAUUACACAUUGUUGAAGACAACUGGAUGUGAGUAUCUAUUUUUCUAAUUUCCCCUUCCUACCCAAAAGAUCUGGGGGAGGUGUAUAAUACCUGCUGGCGGCCCUGAUCCCCUGGCUUAAUCCAUGUAUGGGAAUCUGUCUAUUGGUGUAUACAGUUCUUCCUGCUUCAUAGCUAAUCUUGCUACAUUAUGAAGUAGUUGUAUGUUUUUCUUUCUCUUUCGGAGUGUGUGUCUGUGUCUGUACACACCUGCUCUCACCUCUAAUGCCAUGUCAAGUUAUCAUAAGUGGAUACGUUUAAUACUCACAUUUUAAAUGAAAACAUGAGAAAAUGAUGGAAUGUAUCAAUUUUUUUUGACUUGAUCAGAUUUUGACUUGUCUUUGUAACUUGAAAUCAUGAAUAAAACUACAACUAAGCAUUUU